GGAUCAUUAAAAAAUGAGCGGAAGAAAUGGUGAAGCUUUUGAAGAACGAGAAAGUAAUGCAGAAAAAGCUUCAUUUUCCGCAUCGGAAGAGAGUGUGAACGCGGGCACAAAGAGAAAAAAACAAGAAGAAGCUAUGGAAAAUGAUUUUGUAUCAAAACGAAUGACGAAGGAUGACUCUACGGUUUCGGUAUCAGUGGACCAAUGCAGAGGAAUUUCCCGGAAAAAUAAAGACAUACAAUCUUCUGGAUCUUCCCUUUCCCGGGCAGCUACAACAAUCUUCGCAGUGAACACCGAUUGCUGGAGAGUUAUAUUUUCUUACCUAGGCUUGAGAGAUCAAUUGCAACUUGCCGUCUCAAAUCGGUAUUUUAAGAAUGUUUUCACUACCUUACUGUAUAAAAGGUACAGACACAUUACGGAAGGCGACACGAAUUAUAUCAACGAAACAGAUCUGCAUAACUUACUCGAAAUCGUUGGAGAGUUUGUGAUCAGCUAUGAGUCAUCACUUGAUCCUCAGUCCAAUGGCGAGCAGCAUUUGUGGCUAUUGCGGACGUAUUGUCCCAACUUGCGAUACCUAAAAAUGACGAUUCGACGACCCAGGUGGUACGAUUUGCAGCAAUUGAAGAGUCUGACGUCAUUGCACGUCUAUCUGAACUUUGCCACUCCAGAGAUCUACAAGAACUUCGUUCUUGGCCUAAUGGAACUGCCUUGCUUAAGGAAACUAAAGUUGGAGGCGAGAGAUUAUAUAGGAAACGGUUUGCAUGUUCUUGAGAAUUUGGAAUUUCUGGAUAUCGGCUCCCAUUCGGGAUUCGAUGCAAACUGUUUGGCCGAGUGUUGCAUCAAAAUGAAGCAGUUGCGUCACCUUAACAUUGGCAAAUACAUUGAUGAACUCACCAUGGAAAACUUUAGGGUAAUUGUGCAGAACUGUCGCCACCUGGAAAGUCUCGUCCUUGGAGUAAGAAUACUGGAUUCUACUGUUGCCUACGAGAUCCUCUGCCAGUUGCCCAAACUGAAGCACCUACAGUUGUGGCAUUCGGGAUCCCUAAGACCGAGUUUCAUCGAGGGAAUGAUUAAUAAAACUGGUGCUCCACUGGAAAGACUUAUUUUGGAGGGAUACGCUUUGGAAACUGAACAAAUAGAGCAUCUUUGCGAGAUUACUUCGAUCCGGGAACUUUCUGUAGGUUGCGAAAAAAUCCCUUUGGAAAGUCUACAGAAGCUAAAAAACCUGGAGACACUGGACAUAAGAAUGCCAGACAUUACCAACAAUCAACUUUUGGCGCUUCUGACGGGAUGUCCUCUUUUAAGUGUGCUUAGUGUCCAAUGUUGCCGACUAAUAACAUCAGAAUUUGUGUCAGAAGCAACUCGUUUGUUUAAAGGCCGAAAGAUCAAAAUCUAUUUUCACGAAUCCUCUGUUGAUUGGCUUGAACUUCCGAUUACAAAUGACAACAAGUUAAUUCAAUUUGUAAGGGGUAUUUUUAGUAGUACCAUCUUGAUAAACCAAGAUAUUUAAUAAAUAAAUAAGAU